GCAAAACUACGAUCGUGUACCAUUAGAGGGAUCAGUCGCAUUUUAGGUGGUAACAGUUGUGCCAGGGGGCUGUGGGCCUCAGCGCUCUAAAUCUGCACGACCGAGCUCUUGCCUCAGCGUGUGAUCCAAUUUUUCGUGGAUGGACAGUCUCUUCAUCUCCCAGGUGCCGAUCAACCCGUGGACUGUCUGGAGCUAAUGUUGCAGUGCUGCUGGAAACCAGCCUGCCAAGAUGUUUCUGGGCCUUCUCAUAUCUGGGGUCGACUGGAAUAUACCUGUCUCUUCGCCUGGUUGCUUCGCAAACUCGCAGUCAGAAUUCACGACGAUCAAAAGGUCAUGGGCAUACCAGGACACAUAAUCGUACUACCGUGGUCUACAAUCUACUGGAGCCGCCUACUUGUGUUCCGAGUCAAAGUCAUGGUCCUUAACAUAGACACUGAUUUCUUUCUGAGCGCAUAGCUCCCUUUGCCUUCACUUCAAGCCAGCCUUUGUUAGUCAUGCGGUUCAUUUCUCGAUUACGGAUGAAUCUUUCUCGCUUCCUCUCGCGUUGUUUCCACUGCAAACCGGUCCCUCCAGACUCUUCUUUGCCCACCUCCACCUCUACCAUGCCCUGGCAAUCAUGCCUCGUCUGCAAGGAAGAAACCUCCAACUACUGCAGGUACUGCGCGCAAACACACAACAACGGAACGAUAGUCGGCGCACGUUUCUACUGCGAUAUCGACUGCAGAAAUAAGGACGAGCUGGAGCACCUCAAAGUCCACAUGAACGUUGAUUGCUCCACGCCGCUGAAUAUCGAACGCGCAGGGAAGGCGGGCAGGAUCGCACAGUCGCUAUUCUACACGUUCUUAGAGAACACAUGGACUUACGAUAUGAGGAAGGUGAGCAUCAAGCGCGAUCAAGAUCACGAUCUGGUUUCAGUCGAAGUCACCGACGGCGUGGGUGUAAUUGCAUCUCCAGGAGGCCACACCGAUUGCAAGAUCUACGCAGGCGGGUGGCUCACUAAGUUCCCGGUCGAAUCUUUUGGCACUUUCGAAGACGAUGCAAAGUAUGCGCUCUUGACCGACCGCAGUUCCAUCUGGGCGUUUGUGGUCAUGCAUGCUGCAAUCCAAGCUCUUUUCCAAGAUCUAGUGAACGACGUCCAGACCGAUAUCAAGGAAGUCGUGCACUACCCAGUCGAGAAGGCCUCUCGCAUCGUUCAUGCGCGAGGUAUCUUCGGCUCUGACACAAGGCGCCACGACCAAAUGUACCCAGACCAAGAUGAGCGAGGUGACGUCAAGGGAGUGUACGAGAUCAUGCUCAAAUGCGGGUCGAAGAUCGUGCUGGAUCUCGCAAGCGCACAGUGGGACAUCCAGGAUGGCAACGGUGCCCAGACACCUGUUACAUUUUGGCAAGAUUACUGGUCCCGCUGGGGCGCAGCUAUCAAGUACCGCAUCCCAUUCCGCAGCCAUGCACUUAAGCACGCCGCAAAGAUGAACAACUAUCGUGUGGUCACCUCUCAGACCCUGAUCAUGGAGACGACCGUCUACCUCAACGUCUUCAUGUCAAACGCAUGCAAGGUUGAGCUCGAUUUUCAUCCGCGCGAGCUUCUCGAAAUGGACAACGACACCUACCGGAACGCAAAGCAGCGCUUCCUUGCGAAGGCCACGAUGUAUCUCCAGAAGCGCGCCAUUGGGCUCGACAACGGUGACCACCGCAACAUCUUCAACGCGUUCGAUCUGCAUCACCCUGAACUCAUCGCAGAGGGACCAAAUCUUCGGCACAAGCCCAACGGCUCGCUUCCACUUGACAUAGGUGACAUGGCGAAGUUCGACUGGAAGGCGCUCAGCCGUCUAAUCCAGCAGCCAGCCUCGGUGGUCUCUUUUAAGGAAAAGAAGCGAGCAGUACCGCUUAAACAGAAGCGCAGUGUUUACAAGGAGCCUGGUGCAUGGCAGCUGGUCUUCCUGGAGGAUACGCUCCCUGAUCCCAAGAUUCCUGUGACGUGCGUCAGUGAGAACCCCGGAUGGAAAUUAGGUUAAGAUGACGGAUCUCCACGCAUUUGGCAUCUGUGACGUGCCAACGCUCGAUCAAGGAGACAGAUCGAUGUGCCAGAACUAAAGGCAUUUGUCGUUUUUGUUGAGGGUAGUCCGUCCUUGACAAGACUAUUUUAGAGCAACUGCAUGUACAUACCUGACUCACUGGCGCAUUGUGGAAUUACUCGUUGCCUCGUGUAAUCAGUUCUGGUCAUCGAUAAUAUAAUUGACAUCCACCUUCCA